AUGGAGGCCUAUCUGGACAGACCGCUGACACAGCUUCAGCACUAUGCACCAAGGGCUUUGUUACGUGAGGAAUGUUGUAAGUGCUCUAAAAUUAGAAUCAGAAGCUCCACACCCUGAAGAGCCAGGAUGGGGGAACACAGGGCCAGUGAGCCCGAAACCAGGAUGAAACUGUCUGGGGAGCUUGGCAGUAUAAUCUGACAGGACAGCCAAGGGGGGGCGACAUGCAGUAAAGCAUGGACCCUGACCAUUUUGACGUCAACCAGAAAUCCCAGCAGGCGGCUGGUGAACUCUGCCGGGCAGGGAGGCUUGGUCUGAGCCUCCUCACCUGGGUGCUGCUGGUGCUGACAGACGUGGCGGCUGGGUUCCUGCGUUGUUCACUGUUCAGGCGUCAUUUUGACCUGAUGGUGUCUGGAGUGCUGCUGUUUGGGCCGGCUCUGGGACCCUGGGGGUCCAGGAACAGCAUCUUUGCCAAUAGGAACCACUUCCUCUACAGGAAGUUCCUUGAUUCCUGCUGGGGCUGGACCUUCAUCUCCACCAGCUCCUUCGUCUUCAUCCUCUCCUUCUCCCUCCGCCCCUCCCUCGCUCUCUCCCUCCGCCACCUCUCCAGGGUGGCUGUCACCGGAGCCAUGUGGUGGGGGGGUGUCUGGCUCCUGGCCUGUCUGGAGGACGCUGCAGGGAGCUGCUACCAACCCCUUCCCCAGGCUGGAAGCUUGUCCGUGAGGCCUGGAGCUGUGGUUCAACCUCUAUCCCAGGCCGGGGGCCUGUUCCUGGGGCGAGAUGCGGUGUGCCAGCCCCUGCUGCUCCUCCCGGGGGUGAGCAAGGCCUCUUGUCUGAGAGCAGGCCUGCUGUGGCGCGGCUGGUAUCUGUGAGAAGACACCCUCCUGCUCUGUCUGUGCUGCCUGGUCCUGGCUGAGGAAGGCUCCGUGUUCGAACCCCGCCUGGUCCUGGGGAAGCCCUGGGGGAACCCGCUGCGCCUCCUCUUCCUGCUGUGUGUCUCCCUGCUGGCUCUAUGGCUCAGCCUGCUGAUCUGCCUGCUGGCUCACCUCCCACAGUUCCCCUCCCAGCUGCUGGGGGGCGCUGUAGGGUGCCUGAUGUGGAGGGGCCUGUACCGGGGGUGGUGCUGCCUGGGGCCAGGCUGGUGGUGUCCAGGGAGGCCGGGAGAGGGACUCUUCCUCACAAAUACGGACGGACAAACAGAGUAGCCCAGACCACGCCUGCUCGACUCUUUCUAGGACCUGUGUGGCCCGACAGCGUGGUAUGAUAGCUCUGCCGCAGGGGCCUGGACUGCAGAGAUGUCUGUGGGGGUCAGAGGUCAUGGAGGCUUGUGUUGGCUGCCAACCCUCCUUCAUCUGGUGUGAGGUCACAGCUUCUCUCCCCCUCAGACUCACCGCUUUUAAUUUCUCUGAAAUGUUAGUCCUCAGUCCUCAGAGAAGGGUUCAUGCAUGGGAAACUGUCUUAUGUCACCUUACAUUUGAUUUAAUAUCAUUAAUACCUCACUCCCACAUCAGACGAAUUUGAGGGAU